AGGACCCCGCUGCGCAGCCGGAUCCCGGCGCCGCGCCGCGUCGCAUCGCACCGCGCCCCCUUCUCGCUCUGCAGCCCUGACAGUGUCUCCCACGCUGCGACAGCUCUCAAACCUACUUUGGGGUCUUAAAACGAAACCGUACACCAUUUCACUGUGGACACUACACCCUCUCACAGAUAUGGGAGACAUGGGAGACCCACCAAAAAAAAAACGCCUGAUUUCCCUAUGUGUUGGUUGCGGCAAUCAAAUUCACGAUCAGUAUAUUCUGAGGGUUUCUCCGGAUUUGGAAUGGCAUGCGGCGUGUUUGAAGUGUGCUGAGUGUAAUCAGUAUUUGGACGAGACCUGUACGUGCUUUGUUAGGGAUGGCAAAACCUACUGUAAAAGAGAUUAUAUCAGGUUAUACGGCAUCAAGUGCGCCAAGUGCAGCAUCGGCUUCAGCAAGAAUGACUUCGUGAUGCGCGCCCGCGCCAAGGUGUACCACAUCGAGUGUUUCCGCUGCGUGGCCUGCAGCCGCCAGCUCAUCCCCGGCGAUGAAUUCGCGCUGCGGGAGGACGGCCUCUUCUGCCGGGCGGACCACGACGUGGUGGAGCGGGCCAGCCUGGGCGCCGGGGACCCCCUCAGCCCCCUGCACCCGGCCCGGCCGCUGCAGAUGGCAGCAGAACCUAUCUCUGCCAGACAGCCAGCUCUGCGGCCCCACGUCCACAAGCAGCCUGAGAAGACCACCCGAGUCCGAACUGUCCUUAAUGAAAAGCAGCUUCACACCUUGAGGACCUGCUAUGCUGCCAACCCCAGACCUGACGCCCUCAUGAAAGAGCAACUGGUAGAAAUGACUGGCCUCAGUCCGAGGGUCAUCAGGGUUUGGUUUCAAAACAAGCGAUGCAAGGACAAAAAAAGGAGCAUUAUGAUGAAACAGCUUCAGCAGCAGCAACCCAAUGACAAAACUAAUAUCCAAGGGAUGACAGGAACUCCUAUGGUGGCUGCUAGUCCAGAGAGACAUGAUGGUGGUUUACAGGCAAACCCGGUGGAAGUGCAGAGUUACCAACCACCCUGGAAAGUACUGAGUGACUUCGCAUUGCAGAGUGACAUAGAUCAACCUGCUUUUCAGCAACUAGUUAAUUUUUCAGAAGGAGGACCUGGUUCCAAUUCUACUGGAAGUGAAGUGGCAUCAAUGUCCUCUCAGCUCCCAGAUACGCCCAACAGCAUGGUAGCCAGUCCUAUUGAGGCAUGAGGAAAAUUCAUCCAGAGUUCUGAUGUUGUUGUUUCUGCCCUUACCCUCAGCCCUGUUGGAGAGAGUGGGAAAGUGAUCAUGUUUGGACUCCGAAAUUUAGGUGGGAAAAGUAUUUAAUGGCCCUUUAAUGAACCUGGCAAGUAACCGCUCCAUGAAACAAACGGAGUCAUGUUUGAAAAGAGAAGGUAAUAUGGUAGCAACACUGUGAAGACAAUCAUGGGAUCUUACUAGAAUAAUGCUAAAACAAACAAAAAACCACCAUGCUUCUCAAUGAUCUUGACGAGGAUCGAAAAGACAUUUUCAAAAUAUAGGGGAUAUGUACUCAUGAAUCUUUAAAAAAAAAAUUACAUUUGACUGCACAUCUUAGAGAGAAACCAAGAUAGAGGGACUUUCUCCUAACCCGAAUGGUGCUGUUUCUAUAUUGGUCAUUGCCUUGCCAAAAGGAGCUCCGGUAGGUUUUCCAUCAUCAAGAAAGAGACGAUUUAGCCCCGCGUUGUUGAAAGAUUCAUUGCAGGAAGGUGGAGCUGCAUUGGUUUGCAAUGUUGUUUUUAGUUGACUCUUAACAAGGGGUUGUUUCCUGGGUCUCUUAUAGCAUGUACUGUAGCGGGGUUUUGGUUUGUGUUUGGUUGAGAUCCACCCUCUAUCAAGUCUGAAGUAAUUAAUAAAUAGGUUUUUGAAUUACUCUUUAAAAACCAUUUAUAAAAGCAUUGCAACAAGGUAUACCUCUAUUUUGCCACAAAGCGUCUCGGGAUUGUGUUUGAAAUGUGUCUGUCCAAGAACCUUCCCCUCCCCCAAAGAUGUGUAUAGUCAUUGGUUAAAAACAACUGUUUUCUCUCUCUUUCUUUUUCUCUCUGUCUCUCUCUCUCUUUCUCUCAAUAAAUAGAAAAAAAAAAAAAAAAAAAAAAAAAAAGUAAAAAGAAAAAGGAAAAAAACACCACCCUUUUUGUUUGCUCUUGCAUUGCAAAAUU